CUUUUUAUCGCCACACCUUUUAUACUGGCGAAAAAGCAAUUGCUAUGUAAACCUCUGUACUGUUUCUCUUCUUUUUGUUUGAAUCCCAUUUUGGGUUGUUAUCAUGGUACUGUUUUCUCAUGCAAACACCGCUCUUCAAAUGUCAGUCUCCGGCGCCGGCGCUGUACUUCUGUCAGAAUCACAGCACAGACUCAUCCGCUCAUCCUCGUCUUUUUUCACUCUGAAGCUAAUCACCAUGGCUUCGCCGCUCUAUUCUUCCCAUGCUUCCGUCAGCAGGAUACAUGAUAUGCUCUGUGAAGACUAUAUCAAAUUGUCUUGUGCAAUAUAUGUUGCUGGUAUCAGUGUUGCUUUGCUUAUGUUAUUUACGGUUCCAUCGCGCUCGACGACGACUUCUAGUGUUGGUCGUGGUGAAGAUGAUAUUAAUGGUGGUAUUAGGGUUAAUGUCGCAACUCGUAAUCUCGAGGACAUCUACAUUGGCUCAGUAGAGAGGCAGACUCACUGGACUGCAUUCCAUAAUAUGGAUAACAGUGUUGUAUUAUUCCUUGAGCAAACCUUAGCUGCCAGAAAUGUCCAUGACCCUCACAGCCAUACGCAAUAUUUUUCUCGCGAUGGUCAGCUGCUCAAUAGUAACAUGGCAUGGGAUUAUGUUUCUAGACAUGUCAAUUACGUCACAGUGCAUCUCAGUACAGCUUUGGGUCGGCCCAUAUACAUAUGAUCGUUGCCUAGCCUAAUUAGGAAGGUGAAAAAUUAACAAUCGUCAUAAUAAUAGUCUUUGGUUACGAUAUACCUUAUUAUCUCUAUUGCUAAAAUAUCACAUUUGUAUUACGGGGUCUUUCCCUAUUUACUCUUAUUUUGUUUAUAAAUUCCACUUUUAAAUCUA